CUUAAUUGGUGUAGUAACGAUCUCCUCAUAAUUAGACGUCUUUAUGGGCUCGUCGCUACUGUUCUUGGGCCGAUUUAAAGUCAUGCCAGUUAAUAGAAGGCAAUGUGUAGCCUAUAAGCCUUAGCAGGUUGGACGUAGUCGACGGAGCAAAGUAGCGGCAGCUGGCACCGGCGGCGACCGAGGAAUCCUCUCUACACGUUUCGUCGAGUCCGCUAGGUAACUCCAUAACUUGUGGGAACUGAAGACGCAUUCACUGAGCUUCAUCGAUUUCUUGCGAUUAGUUUUCUUCUCUUUUCAGCUGAUUCAUUUGGUUUCAGUACUGUGAAAAAACUAGAGGCUUCUGAAUCCUUCUUCUCCCGAAGAUUGUGUUAGAUUGUAGAUCUGGUUAUGGAAGUUCCGUAAGGGACUGUUUAGUUUUACUCUACUGAAGUAAGCUGUUCAGGGUUUUGAGGGUUUUGGUCCAUCAUCUGCUUCCGUCGAAUUGUACGCCAGGUGUUCGAUGAAAGGUCUCUGUGGAUAAGUUCCUGGAGGAAACCUGAGAUGAUGGCGUAUUCCCGACUCGGUUCUGUGAGGAAGACGAUCCUGUGGCAGAAUCUUCUUGGGGAUUCAAAUGGUUACUCAAGCUGGCAUAGAUCUUACCGGACACAGGGUGACUGGGGGAAGCUGCGGUCAAUGAUUAUAAAGAGAGUAGAGGAUCGGGCCGGAGAGUAUCCGGUGAAAGCAAUCGUCCCCGUAGCAAAAGAGGUGAUUGAAGCUAGAACGAGGGUUAUUCGUGGGGUCUCCUUGCUGAUGAAAGUCGUCCCUGUCGUCUCCUGCAAGUUCUGUCCUGAGGUUUUUGUUGGAAAGGAAGGUCAUCUGAUUGAGACCUGUAAAGGGUACAAGCGCAUUGGGAAGAAACGAGUUCAUGAAUGGAUUCCUGGUAGUUUGAAUGAUAUACUCGUCCCAGUCGAGUCAUACCACUUACCCGACAUGUCUCCAAAGGUUAUUAAACACGACGAAAGGUUUGACUUCGAUCGUGUUCCUGCUGUGGCUGAGCUGUGCAGUCAGGCUGGUGCUGAAUCAGAUCAGCAUAGCCCACAACAAGACAAUGGCAUUGAUGACAGUGCAGCGUCGUCUUUGGCACCCGAGAAUGUAAGAUCUCUCGCCAAUGGGACUCUCAAGGCGUGGGAGACGCUUAGGUCAGGUGUAGAGAAGUUGUUACUGGUUUAUCCGGCUAAAGUUUGCAAGCAUUGCUCAGAAGUUCAUGUAGGUGCAUCAGGGCAUAAAGCUCGACAUUGUGGAGUGUUCAAGUAUGAAAGUUGGCGUGGAACACACUUCUGGGAGAAGGCAGGAGUUGACGAUUUGGUGCCUCCAAAAAUUGUGUGGAGCCGGCGAUCUCAAGAUCCGCCGAUUCUAUGUAACGAAGGGCGAGAUUUCUACGGGCACGCGCCAGCAUUGGUUGAUCUGUGUGCUAAAGCUGGCGCCGUUGUCCCAACUAAGUACUUCUGUAUGAUGAAAGUUCAAGGUUUGUCUCCUCGUCGUGGGUGGUGAACAUUCAAGAAGAUUAGCCUAUUGGUUCUCUGUUUCAGCUAGAUGAGCAUCAAGAUACUGGUAAUUAUGUGAUUCAGAACUCUGCUCGUCAUAAGAUAAUCGCACAUUUUGCUUACAGUGCCCGUCACAAAGAGUAGUUCUAUUACUGAUACACAUCAUUGCAGAGUUGAAAUGUAUAUAAGAUGGUUUUGUUGUUUUCUUCCAUUUUGAAAUGUAGUUGGAGUGUCACGCUGAGAUUCUUUUCAGGAAGACUAUAUUCAAGACUAAAAACAGGAUCUCUGUUGUAUUAGUGCUGCAAUGUUUUUUUAUUUUGCUAUUAGUGCUGCAAUGUUUAGACUGAUAAUUGGUUAUGUUGCCAAAUUACAAGCAAUGUAAUGACCUCUCUUUCUUAUUGGAUUCAGAUCAUUUAUCUUAAAUUAGUACCACUGAUGUAUACUUUGCUUUGCUUGUGCUAUAACCAUUUAUUCCAUCACUCGUAUAGAAUUGAGUGAGACUGUGUAUGGAAUCAAAACUAUCUACUUAUAAUAGGAAUGACAGUGGGGUGGAUUCCCAAAUUCAUCAUUAUUCCUAUUUUCAGUUCAUGAAUUAGAUUUUCUCCUGUGGAUAAUUCUCGUUUCCCAUAUGAGAACAAAUACAAUUCGUUGCGGAUA